GUUGUUUUCGCAUGAAAUUGAGAGCAUCACCAAAAUUUAUUUUGAUUGCGAAAUAGAAAUAAAAAUACAUAGAUAAGAUAAAAUCUAAUCAGUAUAAUCAGGGCAGUGGUUUUUAUAUUUUAUGUGUAUUCAAUACUCGAUACAAGUGGAGCUCAUAAAGAAGCUGCUCGCCAUGGCCGGCCCGUCCGACGGCGAGGCCGACGGAUGGGUCGAGUUCUGCGAGCGUCAAGCUAAAACCGCCGCUCAGGACUUCGCCAAGGCGUGCAUACAAUACAUACAGGCCAACGCCAGUGAGACGACAGCCCGGCCGGUUUCUCAGAAGGAACUUCUCAAGAAAUUUGUUGAACAUUUUUCUGAGCAUUUCGACUUCGAGUUCGGUAAACUGAAGGCUCAACACAAAUUACCGAAUGGCACGCACACUGGACACGAUGAAAGCGAUUAUUCCGAAGACACUGAUUCGCCAAAAACUCAACACAAACCGUUCUUCAGAAGGUUAUCGUUCAAAGGUCUACGUCGCGGUAAGGGUUUGUUUCAUAAACAACAUUCGGAGGAUGCAGAUAUUUCAAACCAAAACAAACACAAGACGAAGUUGGCUAAGAUUGUGGUCGAAUGUCGGAAGGAAGGUCUCGUGAAUUACUUAACGCCGGAGAGUCUUGAACAGCCGAGUGGUCCCCAGAAGUGGGAGAGAUGUAGACUAGCCCUAGUAAAAACUGUAGGUGGUUAUAUGUUAGAGUUUUAUUCUCCACCAAAAGCUCAAAAACCUCGAAGUGGGGUGUUUUGUUUCCUUAUAUCAGAAGCCCGAGAAACUACUGCCCUAGAAAUGCCCGACCAUGAAAAUACAUUUGUGCUGAAGGCAGACAACAACAUGGAAUAUGUAAUAGAAGCCGCUGAUGUUGACGAUAUGAAAUCAUGGUUGGCCACAAUAAAGUAUUGUAUGCGGUCACCUCCCACCACUCAACCACCUCCAGACACACUGGCGGGCCUGUCUGAACCAGCACCACCCGACCUGCCGCCUCGGAGAGACCUGCCAACCAGUAGUAGCAAUGCAGACUUAACUACUGAUACACCAGAUGAUGCAGAAUUAGGCUCAAUAGCGGAGGAGGCGUGCGAGUCGCCGCCGCGGCUGUCGCUGGCGGAGUGGCCGUGGUUCCACGGCACGCUGGCGCGCGCGGCGGCGGCGGGCUGCGUGCUGGCGGGCGGCGCGGCGGCGCACGGCUGCUACCUGGUGCGCCAGAGCGAGACCAGGCGCGGGGAGUAUGUGCUCACCUUUAAUUUUCAGGGUCGCGCGAAGCACCUGCGUAUGACGCUGAGCGAGACGGGCCAGUGCCGCGUGCAGCACCUGUGGUUCCCCAACGUGCACGACAUGCUGGAGCACUUCCGCGCGCACCCCAUCCCGCUGGAGUCGGGCGGCGCCGCUGACGUCACGCUCACCGAGUACGUGGUCUGCCAGGACGCCGCGCGCCCGCAAUUGGGGGUAUCCCACGGGAGCGACGUCCGAAUGAGGCGCGCGGAGCUAGAAGCGCUGCUGAUGGCGAGCGGGGCCCACCACGAUAUACGAGCGGUGGACAACCAAUACGUGCUGUGCAACUUGCGACCAUCGACUAUAGAGCGCGGCGCAUAAACAAUUUAGAACGAUGUCCCAUUAGCGUGUUGCGUUGUUGCGACGUCACAUCGUCGACGCUGCGUCAUUUUCUAUAUAUUUUUAAUGACGUGCCACAUUAAAGCGUUACGUCGUUUCAACGGAGAAGGGACGGUGUUUCUUACCUAUAGGUGCUCAAGAACGUUACAUUCAUAGAAUAACUUGGUUAGCUAACGUUGGGAUUCAUAUGCGGUGGACAAACAAUACGUGCUGUGCUACAUGCGACCAUCGACUAUAGAGCGCGGGGCAUAAACAACUUAUCUAUAGGUGCUCAAUAAUGUUACAUUCAUAGAAUAACUUGGUUAGCUAACGUUGGGACUCAUAUGCGAUGGACAAACAAUACGUGCUGUGCUACAUGCGACCAUCGACUAUAGAGCGCGGCGCAUAAACAAUUUAGACCGAGUCCCAUUAGCGCGUUGCGUCGCUACGUCACAUCGUCGACGCUGCAUCAUUUUCUAUAUAUUUUAAAUGACAUGCCACAUUGAAGCGUUGCGUUGUUUCAAUGAAAAAGGGACAGUGUUUCACUUGUUUUGAACUUUUGAUUCAUUGUUGACUCACUGGGUGCGUGUGCCGUCCUCUUGAAUUGCGAAACCUAAAAUUAGUGUAAUUUAAUCCACAAUCUCAUUUAAUCUGCUUCCCGCAGAAAACAUUAAAAAUCUGGCUCUUCUGGGUCCCAACAAAUUUUUAUACAGGGCCCCUCCAAAGCAAGCUACGCCACUGCGCAGGCGUGGCGCACAAUGCAUUAAUCAGUUGCGUCGACGAAACGAAACGCACUAAUGAGAUUUCCCGUUAUAGGUGCUCAAUAACGUAGUUAAAAUAAGUUAGUUAGAUUACUUUGGGACCUAUAAGAAAGCUCAGACACUCAACGGGCAAGCUAAGUGACUUUAUGAGUAUGUCAUUGAAUCAGAAAUAACUAAAGUUGAGCAAGGGCGUAGCUACAGUCGUAUCAGCCGUAACUUAUAUAACUUAUUAUUAUUAAUGAAUAGUUAUAAUAUAAUAAUCUAUACUAAUAUUAUAAAGCUGAACAGUUUGUUUGUUUGUUUGUUUGAUUGAAAGCGCUAAUCUCAGGAACUACUGGUCCGAUUUCAAAAAUUCUUUCAGUUUUAGAUAACCCAUUUAUCGAGGAAGGCUAUAGGCUAUAUUUUAUCCCUGUAUUUCUACGGGAACGGGAACCACGCGGGUGAAACCGCGCGGCGUCUACUAGUAAUGUUAUAUUACUUAUACCAACUGGUCGUCUAAAGAAAAUCUGUGCGAAGUGGCGGUUACAUCCAUGUGCAUUUCAAAAGUUGGCCAGCCAAUCCAAUGUGUUCAAAUUGAAGAACCCACACCAUUUCCUGUAUGGAGUGUCAUUGUUUCAUUACUUGUUUGUUUGUUGUUUUACAUUAUUUAUUUUUAACUUCAAUUAAACAAGUAAAGUUUUAUUGAAAUCAGUCCAGCCGUUUUAAAUACUUAUGGUAGUUUAGGAGCAAAGUGACAAAUAUUAAUAGAUAGGUAUACUCAAUUACCUUUGUGUUACUGCUAAGUGUUACUUCGUCAUGCUCAUAAUGAACCAAUCCUUGCUUGUAUUCAACUUUUACAGUUCAAGUAGGUAAAAUAUACUCAGAGGCACAAUUAUCCGCCCUCUUUAAUAUGACGCGAGUAUUUUAAAGUGGGCGGGUGAUUGUGCCUCUGAGUAUAAUAUAUUCAAUGAAUAGAAAAGGUUGUACAAUAUAAAAAUAAUUUAGGUACUCAUAUACAUAUACCUAGGUCCAUUUCUAGUAAAGUCUGCGAUAAAGGCGAACAGAAUAGGGAUAUUGACUAAUUUGACUAAUUUUCACAAAUCGCUUUUUGUUAUAGAUCACAAAAAUAUACAACGUAAUUUUAAAUUGUUUUUUCGAAUUUUCUGUUGAGACGUUCUAGUUGCCACACACACAUACACACACAUACGUCACAGAGGUGAACAGGUGUCACACUUGAUGUGUGACGUCAUCAACCAAUAAACAGCGGGUCGUUUAGGGUAGUUGAAUCAAAUAUAAACAAUAUUAAUUUCGCAUAGUACAUGGAAUAUAGGGCCUAAAAUAUAUCAAUAUUAACUAAUAAAAGUUAAGGAUUUCAUAAAAAAAACUCAAUUUGAAUAUCAUGUAUUUUUUCCAAACGUCAAAAACGCUGUCAUUCAUUUUGUGACGUCACAAUGUUACUUUAUGUACUAAACGUCAAACUAACUGAUAACUAAUGUUUUUUACAAAUACUCCGUUUAAUGGGACAUGAAAAAGUGACGUCAUGAAACAGUUGAAAUAUAGAACAUCAUGUUAUUAAUGGUCUAAGAUCAUGGCCGACAGACGUAUUGGCUCGUAUUGUCAAAAAUAUAUUUAAAAACUAAAAUUUUAAUGUAAUCGCGUCUCGAAAAAUAUAAAAAAAAACAAUCUAGUAAAACGAUAAUGAACUAUGACCAUUAAAAAAAGGCAACUAGCCUAUAAUGUGUUUAUUAUUUUAGUUAUACUUACUCAACAUCCUUAAUGUCGCCUAGACAUAGAGCCUUGAAACUUAUGACUAUAUGCAACUUAACGCUGCAACUAAGCACUAUGGGACAUAUUUUUAUCACAAACCCGGUUUUAGCUUUAUUACUUAAUAUUAAUAAACAAAAAUAACAUUAAGUAGGUAAUAAACACAGUAGUUAAUAAUUAGCAUUUUGGAUUCGAAUCAUGUGUGAGGUUCUGAAGGCUAGGAAGGAAGUAUAGUCCUUGAGACAGCUCAUAUUGUGAGAAUUGUUUACUUAAAUUUUAUUGUUUUACUGAAUAAAAAAAAACAUCUUAAUUUAUUUAGAUAAAAAAACAAAAUUAUGUUUCAAUGACUUCUUUAUAUUAUUAAUUAUUAAUUAAUUUCAUAUUUCUAACCGUUAUUUUUGUUAUUUAUUGAUGAUUUUUAUUUAUUUGCAUCGCAUAGCCAAUGCAAUUCCAAUUAAUUCAUACAGUAUGUUGAAUUUAAUGUUAUAAUUAGUGAAUUGUAUAGAGUAAAAUUAUUAGGGAUAAUAAUUUAUUUAUUUAAUGUCUGUUUAAAACAUUUAGUAGCUAUUUGUAUUUAUUAUUAUUUGAUGUAAAUACUGCACUGGAGUUAUAAAAUAUAUAGUAAAUAUUGGAAUGAUAACUCUGAACUGACUUAAAGACUAAUAUUAGUGUAAUAUUAGAUCGAAAAUGUAGACAAAAAUUAAACAAAACCCUUACAUACCCACUUUAAGGAAGUCUGUAGGUACAGGUACACAUAAUAUUGUAAAUUUCUUUAAACAAACACGAUAAGAGAAAACUAUUGUGAAUCGGUAUCUUGCACUAUUUAAAUAUUGACAUAUACGUUGGCGAAUCGUUUUAAAUGUAAAAAAAUAUAGAAUUAACAUGUAAAUGUUGUUGGAAUUGAGUAUCUAUAUAUAAUAAAAUAAGUAUUACAUUUUUUAUAUACGUAGGUACACCCAAUGGAAGGGUAAUAAGCAUUAUUUUAGCAGUCUGUAUGUACGGUUAUCCUGUUCCCUCGUAAGUCUUUAAUUGUUAGAACUUAGAAUGACUAACUUAUCGAUAACCUAGAGUCUAUGUCCUAGACUAUAAUAGAUAUUAUUUAGUCUACCAAUCAGUGUUGGGGAACUCAGUAGUGGGGGAUAUAAAUCAUUCUACAAGGAACAGUGGCGUGCACUCCAUAGAUGUAAAAAAUCACUGCCUGUACUAGUGGCUCAUUACGAUUUUCCAUUUUGUGUGUAUAAUGCCUACCCUAGUUAAAAACAUGCACGCCACUGACAAGAGGCAUGACUCUGCACCUGACUGUAUACAGGGUGCUCGGGAGUAGUUUCCGUAACUUCAAGGUCCACUUAUAGAAGCCGAACUGAAUAACUAUUUUUUUUUAACUAAAAAAAAACUUUUUAAGUUCUCAUAAUAAGUAAUUCAAAUAAUUCCGACUAUCCAUGUAACACACCUCUAUCCUUGCAUUUUAAAAUAUAUAAUCGUAGUGGUAAGACUGUCGAUAUCGACGAGAUAUUGCAAUUGCUUCACACUUCACUAGUAAGCUACUUCAUGAUAUUAAUCAAUGAAUUAGAUUGGCUAAUAAGGUACACAAUUUAAAGAAUUUUUUUUACAACUAAAUUAAUCAUUUUAAAAUACACGUUCCUUAGACAUUUAUAAUUAGUUUUCCCUAGAGAAUAUAACCCUAGAGUUAUGGGAAAUACUCCCGAGCACCCUGUAUAAUUGGUUGAUGAUAAAUAAUAAUAAAAUACAGAAAACUACCAACAAAUAAAAGACGGUCUAUUUCAUUUAAAAGUUAUGUAUAAUCUAAAUAAUCCUGUCAUGUUAUAGUUUUGAUUUUUUCUUGUUAAAAAUAUUAUCGUAAAUGUUUCGCUUUAAUUGUAUCUUGUAAAAAAAGCAACAUUAAAUUAAAUCCCCACCUACAUACAGACACUCAAUGCCAUUGGCGUAUCUAGGAUUAUUUCCUAGGGGGGGCUGGCCCCCGACAUCAAGCCUAUUAUUAGUAUCAUUAUAGAAUUCCUGCAUUCCAGCACAGGAUCCUAGGGUAGGCAGAAGUCCAUUCUAGAGUGGGCAUGGCCCUCCUAUUUACGCCUAUGUUCAAUGUACUGAUUAUUUUCUAGGGGGGGCCUGGCCCCUGACAUCAAGCCUAUUAUCAGUAUCAUAAUAGAAUUCCAGAAUUCCAGUUCAGAAUUCUAGGGUGGGCACAAGUCCAUUCUAGAGUGGGCACGGCCCUCCCCCCCCCCUAUUUACGCCUAUGUUCAAUGUACUAUGUUAUUUUCGUCGUAUACGCAUUACGCUGGGUAAAUGAAUGUAACAUUCCGUAUCUAAGAUGCAUGCAUGUAAUAUCUGGUAUGUUUAAAAUAUAGACUACAUUAUAUAUUUUGCA